AUGUCGGCUCUCGUUAGCUUUGGCGAGAGAAUCUCCCCAUACGCCUUUUUAGCGGUCGUUGCUGUAUUGGUCAUACUCCGUACCCUUUAUAGAGCUUUGUUUAGUCCUUUAUCCCGGAUUCCCGGCCCAUUCGCUGCAAAAUUCUCUUCGUUAUGGAUCGUACAUCAAUGCCGAAAUGCGAGGCGCUCCAUGACACUUCUCCAGCAGCAUGAAAAAUAUGGCUCGUUCGUCCGCAUCGCCCCCAACCACGUCUCGAUUUCUGAUCGUUCGGCUUUGGAAACAAUAUAUGGUCAUCAGUCGGGUUUUAUCAAGGGUCCCUUUUACGAAGAUAUGUCCCGUUUCUCUGUGGAGCCCGUCUUGUUCAAUACUCGAGAUACACGAGUUCACCAAAGGAAGAAAAAAUACCUCAGUCCAGCAUUCUCGGCGAAGAACUUGAGUGACUAUGAGCCGCACAUGUCUGCACAAAUUGAGAAAUUUAUGACUUGCAUGCAUCGCCAUACUCAAAAUGAUGGCGAAUUUCAGCUCGACUUCAAUGAGUACUGCGAUUAUGCGUUUGGAAAGUCGUUCGGAUUCCUCGACAAAGAAGAAGACCACCUCAAUUUGAUCACCACUAUUGAUGGACGAGGGGAGGUGCUCAAUGCUCUAGGCCAUCUCCCCAGUUCCCUAAGACCACUGAUGAAGUAUUUUUAUCUAGACCCGUUCUGGCCGAAAGGUCUAAAGGCCACAUCUGACCUGGCAUCGAUUGGCACAAACGCCUACUACCAACGCAAGGAUCAGCAAGACAGCCGGAAAGACCUCUUGAGCUUUCUGUUUAAGGCCAAGGACCCCGAUACCGGAUCUCCCUUAUCUGAAAUGGAAAUCAUCGCCGAAUCAAUCUCAUUCAUUGUCGGCGGCAGUGAUACCACGAGUUCGACUAUGACCAAUGUGGUCGAUAUCGUCUCGCGCUCGCCAGAAAUUCAAGAGCCUCUCACCAUGGAAUUAGACAAUGCGUUUCCUGGACGCAUGUCUGCUGGUUGGGUCGCGGAUUUUCAAACCGUCAAUCAAUUGCCUGUUUUGAAUGCCGUCGUACGAGAAACAAUGCGUUUUAAGCCGACUAGCUCCACGGGCUUAGAGCGUGUCACACCUGCAGGAGGCACGUUAAUUGCAGGAAAAUUCAUUCCAGGAGGGACUUUGGUCAGCGUUCCAACGUUGAGUAUCCAUCAUGACGAGACUGCCUUUACAAAUCCGGAAAAUUUCGAUAUAUCGCGUUGGUUGGAUGGGAGUCCAUCUGACCAUCUCAAUUCGUUCUUCCCUUUUUCUCUUGGACCACGGGCAUGCAUUGGGCGAAAUUUUGCCUGGAUGGAAAUGCUGAAAACAUUGGGCACUAUUUUCAAACUGUUUAGCAUUGAAAGGGCAACCACGCUGGACACUGAAGUGCGCGAAGGAUUCUUUAUGAAGAAUAGCGAGUGUAGAGUCAAGAUCAAGAAGAGAGUACCGAACAUGGGGAGUUGA